AUGUCAGCCCCCACCUUCCUAUUCACACCGCGGUCGCAACUUUCCCAUACGCAACCGCGUACCCUCCACAGCGGCACAAGCUUCACAUGGACUGGCAGCCAUGCCCACAUAACCGACAUCUUCGGGCUCGCUGCUACACCCCGAGCCGUUCUCUCGGCCAGCGGUUCUUCGACCCUUCAUGUCCACAACACCGCCGACCCUGCGAUCCCCAUCACACAGUCCAUCAGCGGUGCCCACAAGCUCGGCUGUCACCACAUCUGCACCUCGCGCGAUGGCCGUGUAGCUGCCAGCGCGGGCUUUGCCGGCGAGCUGAAGGUCUGGGUCAUCGACAAGGACACGGGUGAGUGGAAGCUUCACUCGGAGGUCACCGAUCAGAACUCCAAGGCGGGCGAGACAUGGGCCAUUGCGCUCAGCGAGGACGGCAAGUUCCUGGCAGGCACAACAUACGACGGCCGGAUAAACGUGUGGGAUAUUGGCGAAGAGGGAACGCCCAAGAUCCGGGAGUAUGAGACGGGAAGCCCUGGCUCGGGCAGCUUCGGCAUGUCGGUCGACUUGAGCAGAGACGGAAAGUUCACUGCGAGCGGACACCAGAACGGUUCCGUGUACCUCUUCAAUAAUGACACCGGUCGGCUUGCGUCCUCUCUGCCUGGAUUGGCCAAGCCCGUUCGCGCAGUGGCAUUCUCUCCAGGCAACACGAGACUGGCGGCCGCUGGCGACUCUUCCAUCAUUGCCAUCUACGAUCUCAAGCAUGGCGAACAAGUCGGCAACCUGACGGGCCAUUCUUCAUGGAUCACGUCCAUUGACUGGAGCGACACCGGCGAAUACCUUCUGAGCGGAGCGAUGGACGGCAAGGUCAAGGUUUGGUCAGUCGAGCGCUAUGCCUGCGUAGCUACGCACAGCGAGACGGAUAAGGCACUGUGGUCUGUCAGGUGGCUUCCCAAGACCGGAAGGAGUGAGAUGUUCUGCACUGCCGGAGCAAACAGGAGCAUCUCGUUUUACAGAGAGGCCACUGGAGCGUAG